AUGGUGGACAAAAACCAGAAAACAUCUGGUAAAGGUAAAUCAAAAGUCAUAUCCGUCGCCUCCUCGGCCGUUACUUUGAUACGUGAUGUGGUACCAACUAGUGCGAGUGCGGUCACUGACGGCUUGGCAUCCAUAGUUCAUGGAAAGCCAGGAUCGAGUAUGGCUUCAACCGUUAGAAGACGAGAAUGGACGGCGGACAUGUGCGAACAUGUUGUCAGUGAGAGUCGGGCUGGAAUGACACUGGGGAACGGCAAUGUUGGCGACAUGAGAAUUAAAAAUCAUCAAGCUGAAGACGAAUGGAAGAAUUGGCAUAAUGCUUCUCAGCCGGAAAUAGACAAUUUGAAUUUAG